AUGAAACCAUCACCAAAGCUUUCCGAAGCUGAAACCGCGCUCGACCAAUCAAAAACCGAGCUGUCCAGCGUCCGGGAGGCCGCCGCCCGGGACCUCAGCUUCCAAGCAUCACGGGCAAAGGCUGAGGCAGCCCUCGCACGAGCCGACUCCGAGGCCACCCUAGCGCAGCUGGGAGAAGAGUACCGCAAGUUCCGGGAGAAGACCGUUGCCGAUGAGGAAGCCGGUGCGGCACGGCUCGAGUCGCUGCGGGAGGCGCUGGCCACAGAGCGCGACCAGCUGUCGGUCUUAAAGCGCGCGAGGGAGGAAGACGUCCGGCGACAGACGGCUGAGGCGGCGGCGGCCGCAGCGGCCGCGGACGCUAGUCUCGCAGAGGAGAGGGAACGGUUCCGGGUUUUCCGGGAGGAGGCUUCCGCCAGGGAGGAGGCCGAGGCGGAACGGGUCCGGUCGCUUCGGGAUGCCCUGACCGUCGAGCUGGAAAAGUCGUCGGCGUCCGCGACGGCGAGCGCGGCGGCUCAGAGACAGCUCGAAGACUCCCUGGCCGUGGUUCGCGAGGAGUUCCGCGCGUUCCGGGAAGCAGCUUCGGGGGUUAGUGAGGCCAAGCUCUCGGCGGUGGAGGAUGACCUGGCUGCCGAGCGCGAGCGGUCUGAGGCAAGCGAGGCAUCGAGAGAGCAGCUGGAAGCUGAACUCGCCGCGCAGGGGAAGGCCCUCGCCGAGGUGCGCGAGGAUUACCGACGUUUCCGCGACGGCUAUAUUCCGCUGAGGAUCAGGGACGAAGCACGACUGCAGACAGUACAGGGGGAAUUGGCGAGUGAGCAGGAGCUCAGGAAGGCCAGCGAGGCAUCGAAGGAGCAGCUAGAAGCCGACCUCGGGAAGCAGGGAGAGGCUCUCGCCAAAGAACGCGAAGACUUCCGCGUGUUCCGUGAGAACGCGGAGGGGCUGGGGGAGGGCAAGGACGCGCAGCUUCGGAAGGUGGAAGGAGAUCUAGCUGCUGAGCGGGAGCAGCAGGAGCUGGGCAAUCUUCGCGUCGCUUCCGCGGCGGCGGAAGCGGGGGGAGCGCAGGCAGCCAUGGCCACCCGGAAGCAGCAGCAGCAGCUCUACGGAAACGUGGGGUCCUCCGGGCGAAGCUCUGUCGGGAUGCCGGGGGCGGCGAGUAGACGGGAGAACGCGGUAGACAGCGAUGAUGAUGGUGCUGCUGUUGCAGGUGGGGACAUGACGCGGACGUUUUCUUUGUCUUCCGAGGAGGAGAUCGACUCGUCUGGGGAGAGCUCUGGACUUGGGGCUAUCGUCGAGGAGGCCGACAGCAGCGGCACGGAGAGCUCGGCAGCAGAGGAGGAAGAUUCGGAGAGCGAAGGGGAAGAAGGAGGGGGUGUGCCCGGCUACGGGGGCAAGAUGAGCGUAGUGCAGGAAGGGGACGAGGAGUCCGAGUCCGACGGAGGGAGAAGUAGCUUUGACGGUGUGCAAGAGGCAUUCGACAGGGCCGUCGAAAAUGAAGAGCUCUCGGCUGACGACGCAAAGGACGCCGGCUCCGCCGGCGCCGCCCGGCUGUCGCUGUCGCCCUUAGCACCCCGACUAGACUACUCCGACGACCGGCCAUCUGCCGACCCACCCGUAUCGGCUACCUACGCCGCCGCUGCCGCCAUGUUCGAUCGAAACAAAGGCCAGCAGGUCGGCGUCCACCGCGGUGGAAGGAGCACCUCCGCCCGCCGCAUCAGCAUGUCCCUCUCCCCGCGCCCGGCGGGAAGGCGGCCGAGGGGGGCCCGUGCUAGCGUGACUUCAGGUGUGGGGGGGUACCGCCCCGCCGGCAGUGGCGACAACGGCGGCGGUUGCGCCAAGAGCCUGUCGCCGUUGCCGCUCAGGGGCGGCAAGAAGUCGAGGGCCAGCUGGUCGCCCGGGGCAGGGUUGCUGCCGCACGCCGCCGCGCGGCUCGCCCAGUCGCCGCCGUUGAGCUGUCUGUCUCCUAUGGUGAGGCUCGCGCCCGCGGAUCACGGACUCGGGAGAGAGGGGAACACGGUGGUGCUGGAGCUCGGCGCGUGGAGGGUGAGGGCGGGGGUCGUGACGCCGUCCGGGGAGGAGGGUAAGUCGUCCUCGUACUUCGAUGACUUCCCCUGCUGCGUGGCGAGGCCUUCGAAGGAAGGAGCGGACCUGGGCGAGCUCGUUAACGGAGCGUCGUCGCUGGCGGCGCCCAUGUACUCCAAGUUCCGAGAGGAGGACACGGUAAGACUUGCGGACCACGCGUACGGCCUGCUUAAGCAGGAUUCCAGCCUGUCCCCGACGCUGCUCACGUACAAGCCCACGGCCACCGUGGACGAGGUGCUCGCUCUCGCAUCGGUUCUGCUAGAGGUCCACAGGGUUCCAGCGAUUCGCAUGGUAAACGAAGCGCAGCUGGCCGCUUUGGCCGUGGGCGUGAAGGUCGGCGUUAUCGUAGACAUCGGCGAGUCCGGGGUGUCGGUCACGCCCAUCUUCGACGGGUUCCCGGUGCCGCCGGCGGUGAGGUCGGAAUGUUGCGGGGGAGGGGACGUGACCAAGUUCCUGGACUACAUGCUGCUGAGCCGCACCAACGAGCACUUCAACCAGAUGACCGAUCGGAGACGGCUGGAGUACACCCGCGAGAUGAAGGAGGAGCACUGCUACGUGCCCCUGGACUUCGCGCUGGAGGUGGAAGAGUACGGGGCGUUCAAGCGGAAGGCCAUGCGGGUUUGCAAGGGGGCGCAGGCGUCGCCAAUGCUCUCCGGCUACGAGGCUUGCGACUCGAGAGACUUCAUCGACGAUACGGAUACGGACGAGGAGGUGACCAAGACCAAGACUUUCACUCUCAAGUCCGGGAGCGAGCUCGACGUCAAGAUCGGCCGGGAGAGGUUUCACGCCCCGGAGAUAUUGUUCACGGCAAGUCACCAUCCUGGGCUCUGGAACGAAGGAGGCGUGUCGAGGAGUCUCUCUCAGGUCGUGCUUGAUGCGCUAGCAGAGCUCGACUCUGACACCAAGGCAGACAUGCUCGACGACAUCGUGCUUGUGGGAGGCUCGGCUCGGAUGGAUGGGCUCGGCGACAGGCUGGAGGAAGACCUGAAGGCGAUGCUGCCGGAGUGGAUGAGCGAGAAGGUCGACGUUCGGGUGCCUGCCGCUGACGAGCUAAACCACAGGAACCGGACGUCGCGCGGCGAUCCCUCGGCGGUAACGGUUGGUGCCGAGAUCUUGCUGGAGGAGGGAGCCGGCAGCAACGACCACGGCACCAAGGGAGGCGACUGGAUCACCACGGCUCAGUGGGCCGAGACGCCGGAGGUAUUGACGAGAGCCCUCGUGCCUUUCCUCAGCGAAUGAGAGGACAGAGCCGCCCUGGCGCGGGGGGGUCAGAUGGUUUUUUUUUGUUUCGUUCUCGACAUGCGGUGUUAAGUCAGUAGCCUUUCGCAGAGUGUUUUCGUUUUUGUAAACAUGUUGAAUAAUGUGUGAAAUUGGAGGAAGUUGGGGUAGGUUUAGGGUUUGGGACUGCGUACCCCCGCUCCCUGUUCCAUUCCCUCAUCAACCUUAUUUGUCGCGAAGCCGGUCCUACGAGCUACUCGGAUGAACAUGCGUCGGUUCGAGAACGGGUACGUUUAAUGCCGAGGGGUGUUGAGUCGAAUCAUGUUGAGCCAUUCUGGAAGAGUGCACGGUCGUGCUUUUCGUCGUGGGGAGCCGAGAUGGACGCGCAUACGGUCCGGUCGUGCGUGCGUAGUAUCGAGGCAGGGUUUUGGGCCUUUUUCUCAACGCCGGGCGAAUGAAUUGAGCCCCCCGUUCACGGCGAGGGCCGUCUUCGGUGAUGCUUGCCGGAGGCGGGCCUUCGUUUGUGACACUUGUGAGAGAGAGAGGUGGAGCAAGGGGGUGUUGUGUUUUAUCGCCGCGGCUGACCAGAAAUGGUGCGUUGGGAACGCAUGCAUGCUCAAUGCAUCGCCUGGCCAGCGGCGAGAGAGAGUAGAAUAUUUGGCAUUUCGAGGUCGCAUCGUAUAUAUAUCGUCCGAGGGAGGACUCUAUCCCCCAGCGUGCCGUAUGCGCACCAAUGUUUUUUUUUUUUAGUGGUGUCCGGAGUCUUUCCGAGUACGAUGUGGGUAUGGCGUGCUUGGUCCUCAGCGUGGAAGGCACGGGGUGCACAGCCGUUGGUUGCAUGGCGCUAUCGGCUAUCGCGCCGUUACUGCCGCUGCUGCCGCUGCUGCUGCUGCUGCUGCUGCUGCGUGUUUUGUUUGUGAGCAUCGACCGCGUAAACCGGCUGACCAAUGAAAAUGCGUCAGUUCCGCUGUGUAUGUGUUUUCUUUGCCAUCGGUUAAGUCUCAGGUGAGCAAUAUCGUGUAGAGACGCAUUUUGCGGACGUUUUGGUCAACAGCGUGAUCGGGUGGGAAACAAAACGAUCCUCGAAACGGUUUUGCGAACCUGGAGACGAUACUGAUUGGUUGAAUAGUGGUAGUAUUUUACAGCCUUCGGGCACGAUGACGGCCUCGAACCUUGACGGUGCGACUUUUUUAUUGCACCGGGGUCUGCCUGUGCUAAUAUUUUCAUGUUCAUUCCUUUCCCUUAGCGUAAAAACUGUUGUGUUGGAGCGGGCACACGUGCUGGUGUUUGCCGAUGGCAACCCACACUUCAUGUGUAAAAUAGACGACUCUGCAUGCGUGUCGGGUAGAUGGAUGCGUCAAGAUGUGCGUGUUUUUAUUGUUUGCAUGGACUGCGCAAAAUGUGCUUGUGCAUGUGUUUUUAUUGUUGGCAUCGACCGCGCAAAUGUGCGCGCGCGGUUGUGUUUGCACCAUUCGGUGUGUGUUUGGCGUUCUGCUCAAACUCAGGUGGCAUGUAGCACACGCAGUUUGUUUUUAGGAUUUUUUUUCCGAUUGUCCGACCUUCUUCCCCACGGCGGUGCAUACCUUCGAUGUUUAACGCGGGAAGGGUCCAUCUAUCUUGGCAGCUCCUUCCCUCUUAUCGUGGUAGGGAACUCACGUUGCCCACGACAGGGUUGUUGGCAAUUGUUCGCUCCCUAGAAGAGUGAUCGAUCCUCGCAACCGGUUCCUUAGUAGGUUUGCCAGGAGACCCGCAACUUCAGGACGCCUCAAGUGUAGUUGCGUUCCGGUGAUAGCUCUCGCUUAACAGUCAGUGUAGUCUACGCAUUGUCUUUCUUGUGCUGUACCUUGUCAUAUUUGGUUAUCUUGUAGGUAGAAACUCGUCCAACGAAUUCGGCAAAGAGAUCCCCCCCUCCCCCUAAUCCCGUCAUCAAAUCAUGAUGGCUUAAGGCAAGCGUUUGGGAAUUGGACAUUCCCUGUGGUCUCGCCCAUCUGUGUGCAGUUUUUUAAUGAUGUGAAGAAGGAUGAGGAGUGGGGGUUGGAUUUUUUUGGGGCGGUGUACUCGUACAGUAGCC